AUGCCUACUGGUCUGUACCUAGCCAACCAGGUGAAGUCUUACCCUCGCAAGACUAGCAGCCAUCAAUCGCCUAGCUUUGUCAAUGUGAUCGCCGUAGCUGCUGGCUUCCUCGUCUAUAUCGCCAGGGUGCCUCGACGUUGCUUAAGUCUGAGCCUCGGUCUCAUGAUGAGCCGGACUCUCAGUGGCGUCCGUAUUGAUCCUUACUUCCAGGCAAACCCGAUGUCUCUCUUAGGUAGUCACGGGCCGUCGUUCUACAACCUCGCCUCGGUGAAAGGGGGAUCAGAAAGCGAUAUCGGGGCCAUGUACGGGAGUAAGGUCGAUAGUGGAAGUAGCCCCGUUGUGAAUUGCCGGCUAGUGGAGGAAGAGGCCGUCGAGACAGUGAUUUGGUCAGAUCACCUGUGCAAUUCUAAGUCGAGGACAUGGGUAGAGAAGCUGAAGUAG